UUUAUACGUACUUCACAUUUAUUAUGCGGCAAUUAUAAAAAUGUAGGUGUUUGCUGCAUUCAAAUGACACGUUUUUUUUACCUUAUUUCAAAAUAUAUUCCUUCUAAAAUAAGUAAAUAAGAAUUUCUUAUUUUUUUAAAAAAAUGUUAACUUUUAGAGUUUAUCGUUGCAUAAUUAAAAAUAUUUACUACUUAAGUUUUGAAUUGACUGAAGAGGGAUAAACAUGCAUUUUUAAGAUGGCAGAAGGAAUGAAGAGAGGAUUGCCCUGGACAUUCUCAGAUGUUGAUUUGGAUGAGGAGGUCAUGAAUGCAGCUCGAAACCGUCGUUCUGAUUCUAAGGAGAAGAGACACGAUAUCCUCCAGAAAUUUAUACAAAUCAUUUGCGAAGACGAAUCCAUAAAGCUGUAUGUGAAUGUUGAUUUCUUGAUGAGGUUCUUGAGAGGUGGGAAAUUCAUCUGUGAGAGGGCACUCAGGAGACUGAAGGUAUACUACCACACGAAACGCUCACAUCCGGAAAUUUUUCAAGACUUUCUACCGAGCUGUACUCUGCUUGCCCAGUCUCUGAAUCACCUCUCAGUCUUUCCCUUCAGAGCCAUCAGCGACAAUUCUAUAAUACUAAUUCAUAAAGUGGGUAAAUUUGAUCCAAAUGUUGCAACUUUCGAAGAACUCAUGCGUUUGGAUUAUUUAGUGUUGGAGUCUCUACUGCAAAAUCCGGUGACUCAAUUGUGUGGGGUGACGCUUCUCAUCGAUUUCUUAGGUUUUUCUAUGCUUCAGACCACUCAAUUCACUCCACGGAGAAUGGAAACAAUCUUCGAAUUAUAUCAUAGUUUUAACACGCUGCGUAUAGUAAAUGUGCACAUCGUUAAUGCUCCUGGAAUAGCUCACUCUUUCUUUGACAUUUUGAAGAGUCGCAUCAUGAGUCGGAAAAUGAAAAACAGGGUCUUUAUUCACUCCUGCGAAGAUAAUUGGACGUCUCUGCACUCUCAUUUCCCGCCCGAAGUUUUACCGGAAGAAUUCUCGGGACAUUUAAAAUCCUCUGAGUUAGUUUGUGUAUACGAUUUGAUCAAUCAUAAUGAAGACUACUUCCUGGAGCAGCUCAUCUAAAUUUUCUCCGAAUCAAUAUAUGGUUGGGGUUUCGCUUAAGAGAUUUUUUAAGAGAUCUUUUUAACUACUCGGUAAGAUUUUAAUCAGUCUUGGUUUAUAACAUUGUUUGACUUUGAGUAGCGUAUAGUGGUAAAUAAACAGGCUCAUUCAAUUACCUCUUCAAUUAAUUAAUUUAUUUAUUUCAAUGUGAGAUGAAAAAUAAUAUGAGAGAAAACGCAUACAUUUUUCGGACACACAAGAGCUGUUUUCGGCAUUAAAUACAGUCUUAGCAUCUUCAUAUUAACAGAAUUUAAAUUCAAACUUUGAACAGAAACUUCAAAAACAGUUUUUCUGUAGAUAACGUAGCAUUAAGAUGCAAAAUUCAAACAGAAACUUCGAAAAAAAGUUUUAACAGGACAAUGCAGAAUUAAGAUGCAACAUUCGAGCUGAAACAUCAAAAACGUUUUUGCGUGGAAAAUGUAGAAUUGAGAGGAAACAAUCAAACAGAAACCUCAAAAAAGUUGUUUGGUAGAUAAUAUAGAAUUUAAAUGCAAAAUUCAAACAAAAGAUCUUAUGUAGAAAAUGUGGGAUUAAGAAGCAACAUUUGAACAAAAACUUCGAAAAACGUUUUUAUGUGACAAUAUAGAAUUAAGCUGCAACAUUCGAGCAGAAACAUAAAAAAGUUUUUAUGUAGAAAAUGUGAAAUUAAGAGCAACAUUCGAGCAGAAACUUUGAAAAAAUUUAAUAUGCAGAUUAUUUAGUUAUCCGUCUGGUUAAUAAUGAAUAACUGCAUCGCUUCGUUUCUUCAGCUACACAAUUAAUGAAAAUUGGCUGAAUCAAUCUCAGAUGUUGGGAAGACUCAGCUCAAAGUUUUGAAAAGCAGAAAACAAACGAAUCAUUGUUUGAAACAGAUUCGGAAAUCAGAAUCAGUGAGAGUGAAUAUGAGUUGGUUGCAGAAAAGCGAUUAAAAAAGAAGAACCACUUUGAGUGAGAAGAGAAACAUAGAGUGUAUAAUCCGCUUGGUUAUACAAAGUUCAGUCCCAUCAAUGUGACCACCAGUCAAAAGUCUAAAUAACACCACCUUUCUCUAAACAGACCACUACGAAACAUGUGAAAAGAGAAUUAAUUAGGUUCUUAUAUGGAUGAAGGUCUUGAAGGUGAAGGACUGAGAUGAAGAAGUGAUUCUGACUCCAGUGCUAUAUCCAGCUGCAUUAGGCUACGUGGUUGACUAUUCAUGGAAUGAUCAACUUGAUCAAGGUAGUCCACGAGAUUCUCAAUUAAGUUUAAACCCCAGGAGUUAGAUCCCCUUCGAACUGCUUACCUACACAGUGAGCUGUAUGAGGAUUCGCAUUAUUCUGCUGGUAGAUGCUAUCAUCCUGAGGAAAAACAAUUCGUAUGUAAGAUUGGACUUGACCUGCACGGACAGAUGCGCACUUCUGUUGAGACAUCUAGCCUUCCACAAUGAUGAGUGCACCUAAAGAAUGCCACGAAAAACACUCCCCAGACAUAUUUGCUUCUUAAAUACCCAUAUGGACUAGAGGCACAUUAUUCAAUAUGUGUUUUUUUAAUUCUUAAUAGAGAUUAAGACAAAGCUAGAAAUAACAGUCGAAUAUAUAUAAAAAAAACGAUUUAUGUAUAAGAGUAUAGUUUUGUAUGAAUGUUUUACGCAUAAAAGAGUUGUUUAGUGCU